AAAUUGCAUGAAACAUACUUGGUGAUCCUUACCUCUUGAUCUUCACUAAGCUUUUGGAAGAAAAAGUGAUCGACGACGCCAAUCAUUGCUCGUGUGCUUAGAUUAUCAUCAUCACUGAGGGAAUAGCUCGAUCACAAAGGUGGUACGGCGUGUACAAAGGACGACACCGAAUCAUCUCCGAUUGUCUGAUCAAUCUUCAUCAUUCGAGAAACGUCAUCCACUCAAAGCCUGAUUGAUACGAGUGUAUUGGCUGAGCAAAAACAGAAUGUCCGGUCCUCAAUCCUAUCCUGAAAGUCUAUACGGCCCUGGAAAUGGUGGAUUGGGAGGUAGUAGCAGUAUGGGAAGCAGUUCAAAUGGCGGUAAUGGGAACGCUAAUGGUGGCGCAGGAAACAGUGGAUACUUUCAACGUCCAUCUGUUGGUAGAAACAUGAACGAUGAUCGUUACCGAAACGGAUCGUCGUAUUCGCCCAAUGAAGAUUACAUGCAAUCUCACAGACAAUCACAUCCACGUCAAUCAACACAGCAUUUCAACAAUAACAACAAUAACGUUGGACCGACAGAUGUUGGAUUUGAUUAUAAUCGACAAUACAGUCACAAUUCUGAUUCUAUGGGACAGCAGAUGUACAAAAACAACGCAAACGGAAAUGUGGAUUCCAGAAGAGAGUUUGAGAAUAGACGACCUCAUCACUCUGAUUCGACAUCCUCCAUGAAUUCAAUAUCCACCCAUGCAUCCAAUCUUAGCUCUCCGCAUAACGUGAUGAUACCAAAUCGAGGAGAAGGUUAUGGACGACCGCCCCCGCCUCCACAGUAUGGAGGUGGAAUGUACGAUUCACGUAGGGAAAAUUCUUCGUCAGAAUCUCUACAGCACAAAUCGUCUGGACUUCCGGCCGAUGCUGGACCUUCUGGAUCGAAUAACCAGCCUGACCGCAAAGUGAGCUGUUUGGAAUGUCGAUCGAGUAAAGUGAAAUGUAGCGGUCAGGCAGAAGGAGGUUGUGAUCGUUGCAAACGUAUCAAGCGAGCUUGCGUAUUCGAACAGCACAGAAGGGGACGUAAACCAGCUCAAGUCAAAAUGCACAAAUUGGAACAAUCGGUCGACACGAUCAUGACGGCAUUAAGUGCAUUGACAGAGUAUAAGAGAAGCAAGGAAGCGUCGAAUAGUAAUGCUAUAGAUGAGGAGGAUGACGAAGAAGACUAUCAUCGAAGCGCUGAGAAGCCUACUCAGGGUCGCAAAAGAAGGGCUGAAAGUGACACUUCCACCACAAAUGGUGAGCCAUCCAAAUAUGCAAAAUCCAAUAGCGUUCCUACACUUCAUCGGCACGACCUUUCUAGUCCGGAUGAGCAAUUUGGAACAACUACCUCCCAUGGCGGAAAAGAGUCGAAUCGGUUCAGUGCAAUGCUAGAAGAUGUUUCGGGUAGAGCCCGUAGAUUCUUAUCAUCUCGCAGUCCAUCUACGAUUGAUAUGCCAACUUCUAAAUCGGAACCGACAGAUGUCCUGGGAACGAAUACAGAAGCAGCAUCGCAGGAGCUUGGUCAGCCACCAUUAAGUAAUCCACUGAAGCUGCUCGCUCAAGCUUCUGAUUCAAAUGUCGAGCCUGCAAGAGUUGAUACAAUUGCUCAAACACCACUCAAAGAAGAUUCUGAUGAUGGCGAAGAAAUUGAAAACCAAACUGUUGAUGCUUCGGGAAAGAGUCAAACGACCAAAUCAGCAAAAUUCGCCAAAGGAACCCAGACACGAGGAGCAUCAAGACGUGGCUAUUGGAGCAUAGGAAUGUAUUCUUCGCGUUUAGAUAAAGGUUCAACGUUGGAUCCAAUCUCGCAAGGACUGAUGUCGCACGAUGUUGCUCGUGAUCUGUAUGGGCUUUACAUGCGACACCUCAAUGCGCCAAUCACCUUGUUGGAUCCGAUUUUGCACACUUUUUCCUUCGUGCGAUCUCAUAGUGCUCUCUUACUCUCUGCUUCUUGUGCAUUGGCCGCUCGAUUUGCAUCGCAUAUCAAUAAUGCGGAAGAGAUUGCAAACAAGCUGGAUUCUCACAUUCAAGAUGUCUUAUUGCCAACGAUUCUGCUUAAAGGUUACAGAUCUGUAGAGAUCUCGCAAGCGUUCAUCAUCUUAGCCGCCUAUCACUCCAAUACACAGUCACUUGACGGAGAUCGUUCUUGGUCUUUAGUUGGCUAUGGAAUUCGAAUUGCUGCUGAAUUGGAUAUGAAUGCAAGAUUGCUGAGCGAAUGGUCUUCUAUGGCCAAAAAUGCACAAACACCUACGAGUGUACAAGCAGAUACGCCUUUGAGUAAUAAGCUAGCCGAAGAUGACAUUCAAUUUAGCCCAGAAGAAGCAACGCAGAGAAGGUUGAGAAAUCGUGAAAGGACAUGGUGUAAUUUAUGGUUAUUCGAAUACAGUCUUUCGACGCAUAUGGGAAGACGAUCUACCUUGAGUCAAGAUCCUGUCAUAUUAGGAGUAAGUGCCGGUUGGCACAGAGCAGCAUAUGCAAUCCCAGGUGAUGAAGCAAUCGUCGCUCUGAUUGGCCUAAGACGAAUUCAAAUCAAGAACACGGAAUUCUUUGAACAUAGCAUCUUGUCUACGUCUUAUGAUCGACCACAAAUCAAUUCAGCUGCCUCGAGAUUCCAGUUGGACUUUUAUCGUAAAGCGUCAAGUGCGGACAUUACGAACUGGACGGCAAUGUAUGUGGAACGAGAAGAAGGAUCGAGUUAUCGUAUGAGGAAUGCAAGUCUGUAUGCGUCGUAUGCUCGUUUGAUUUUGAACAGUUAUGCAUUAAAGUGCACUUCGGAUGAAGAGCUUUUGGAUCCGUUCUACAAAGAAUCUUAUAGCGCUGCAAUGACAUACUUGUCAAUGUAUUCCGAACGAUUCAGAACGGGUCUCACUUAUGUUCACAACUCUUCCGUCGUAACGGUGGCUUACGUUGCCGUUUUUGCGCUUAAACUUUGCUCUCUGGAUUCUGACAGACAUCCUUAUAUUGAUCCGAAGCUGGUCAUCGAUCAUGUGCGUGAAUUGGCAGACGCCUUGGCCAAAGCAGGAAGUGUUACUUCAUGGCGUAAUGGUGCUGCUUCAUCUUAUGCUCCUUAUCUACGUGCUGUUGCUGAACGUGUAGAACGCAACGUGCGAAUGGAGCAAGGUAGAAGGGCAAGCUUUUACCCCUCGGACAACGGCGAGAACGCUACGGGAGAAGCGGAGAACAGAGGUACAGAGGCAGAAGAAGCAGCAAAUAGAAAUGGUGAUGGAAGCAGCGUUCCUGACGAUCUAGACACACCUCCAAAAAGCGCAGAAAUGAACAAAGUGAGAUUGCAAGGAGUUAGUCCGAGAGACAGCGGACAACAAUCUAAUGGAAUUCAAUCAUCAGUCAAUCUUUUACAACCAACAACCCAAAAUCACGGUAUGGGACCACCAACAUCUGCACCAACUCCUCGUUCCUCAAACACAUUUGCAUUUGGACCUGGUUUCACUCCACAAACAGGAUUGACACCUGGUAAUUCUCAAUCAACAAAAUUCGCGCCUGAAGCAUUAACAUUUUUAGCAGGACCUUCAGGUGUACAAGCAGCAACAGUUUUGGAUGAAUUAGCUGUCGGAGAAGAUUAUUUACGUUUUGGCGUUCCACAAAAUGGACAAGAUCAUCAUCAAUUUUUAGAAGGUUCUUUGUUUGGCGAUAUGAGUGUCUUUUUGAACGCGGCUUCGGCUGUGAACGAUAAUACAUUCCCAUGGUCAAUCGGUGAUACGAACGAACAAGGAAUGUGAUGAAUUUGUCCAACCCCACUUUUUUAUUUUUUGUAAAGUUUGUUGUAUGUACUACGACCUAUUUGUUUUUUUAAUGUAUGUACAUGUGAAGGAUAGCCCCGCAUUUUCAUUUUUGCAACGAGUUGGUCGAAUCGUAAACACUGCAUAUCUACCUUGUUGUGACACCAUCACAGAUUACUGUCGAUCCAAUGCAGGCGGGAGCAGAUGUUCGUAAGCUCAC